AUGGGAAGAAGGAGAGCGCAGCAGACUGCGCUGGAUCAACAGCCAGAGCCCAAAACAGGGCAGCAGAUUGCAAAGAUACUGGAGGUUCGUGGUGGAGGACUGUACAGUGCGUGUGUUCCAAGCGCAUCUACAAUCAACGAUACCACGAUCGCUGAUGCUGAAGUAGCAACCACUCAACCUAUUCAAGAUAGCAAUGAAUUGUCUGCAAGCAAUAAGCAACCCAUAACAACUGAAUUGCUAGUACUGCUUCCGUCCAAGUUUCAAAAACUCAUAUGGAUCAAAAAAGGAAGCUUUGUGAUUGUGAAUCUGGAACCGGAUAGCAAAACCAAAGUCAAGGCAGAAAUUGCUCAUGUUCUUUUUCCAGACAAUAUCAAGUACCUAAAGUCGAUUUCUAAAUGGCCAUCGGUUUUUGAAGAGGAACUAGCAACUAUAGUCGACUGCUCACUAUCCAAUAGAGAAGCGUGUUCAACUGCUGAAGCAGACAAGAGAGAUACACUCGAGAAUGCAUACAACUAUGAGAGUGAUAAAACCGACGACAAUGAUUUAUUUAUCAACAACAACCAUGGCGAUGACGAUAGCGAUGAAGAAGUUUAA